GCAGGAAAAGAGCGACGAACUACUGGAAAAGUGACUGGAGAACAGUCUGUACAGAUUGUGGAUCCUGUGAAGAUCGCACCAUCUCAAGUGGCAUUCCCGUAUCUACCCCGCAGGAAAACUUCGUUCCCACUAAAGGUUAGCGGAGGAAGUGGUCUUUACGAUUGGAGUGUUGCCGACUCUACCAUAUGUGGAGUAGAUUCGAAUGGAGUGUUAAGCAGUUCAUCUCCUGGCAAUACGUUUGUCACAGCUGCUGAUAAAAGAAACCCAGCUCACAAGGAUGCUAUAAAGGUUUCAGUUAUGGAUGUAUUGUCCUUGACAUUCGGAGAAACUCGUAAAGAGGCAGAAGUAGGGUCAGAUCUGGUUCUGAAUGUCUUGCUUACGGGCGCUGGGCCAGAAGGAUCAGUGCCUCUUACUGAUUGCCGAGCUGCUGAUUUUACGGUGAAAUCAUCCGAUGACAGUAUUUUCAAGCCUGUCACAGAUGCCGCUCCUACCCUACCUUUGGUUGGUACGGGCUGUUCAACCGUCACUCUGAGAGCAGUUUCUUCUGGUGAUGCCAAAGUUACCGUAACUUUCGCUAGCCAUGAGGCUACUAUAGAAGUUUCGGCGUAUCCAGAACUGAAGGUAAGCUUCGACAUUUUUAAUCUUUGCUUCAUUUACUACUUGAUUUUGUAUCAACUUUCAUUUUUGCUUUGUUAA